AUGGCACCUCAGCACGACGUCGACAUCGAGAAGGACCAGGACGGCCAGAAGCACGUGGUGAUCACGUCGGUUGAAGGCGUCGACGCCGCUGCGUUGGCAACGGCCGCCGUUGCUGGCAAGGAGCUCGAUCCCGCCGAGGCUCGCCGCCUCGUGCGCAAGAUAGACCUGAAUAUCUUGCCGCUCAUGUGCUUUGUCUACAUGAUACAAUUCCUAGACAAGGUAUCGCUGUCCUACGCGAGCAUCAUGGGCAUCCGCAAGGAGAACCAUCUCACGCUCGGACAGUACUCGUGGCUGUCAAGUAUCUUCUACCUCGCCUUCCUCGUCGGCGAAUGGCCGACGAACUACGCACUUCAGCGCCUCCCGCUCGCCAAAUGGACGUCGAUCAACGUCAUUCUGUGGGGUGGUGUGCUUGCGUGCACUGCAGCAACGAAGAACUUCCAAGGACUCAUGGCCGUUCGCUUCUUCCUCGGCUUGCUCGAGUCGUGCGUUUCGCCGGCAUUCAGUCUCGUCACGUCGCAGUGGUACAAGAAGAACGAGCAAGGGACGCGAACCGGAAUCUGGUUCAGCUGCAACGCUCUUGCUCAGAUUUUCGGCGCCUUGAUCGCCUGGGGCUUCGCCAAGCACGAUAUGGCGGGCGACUUCAGCAUCCCCGGCUGGAAAGUCCUCUUCCUCUUCCUCGGCGGCAUCACGAUGGCCCUCGGCGUCCUCCUUCUCAUCUUCCUCCCCGACUCGCCUCUCAAUGCACGCUUUCUCACCGAGCACGAACGCGUCCUCGCCAUCGAGCGCAUCCGGUCGAACAACAGCGGCAUCGGCAACAAGAAGUACAAGUGGUAUCAGGUCCGCGAGGCGCUCCUCGACCCGCUUACGUGGCUUUACUGCCUGUUUGCAGCCGCCAACAUGGUCAUUAAUGGCGGCAUCACUUCCUUCUUCAACAUCCUUAUCUCGAGCUUUGGUUUCAACACUCUCGACUCGCUCCUUUUUGGCGCGCCAGGCGGAGCGACCGUCGUCGUCGCCGUCCUGCUGUUCCUUUGGCUCGGCGAUCGCUUCAAGAAGCGCUGCCUGUGCGGCAUCUGCGCGCUUCUCGUCGGCAUGCUCGGCAUGCUGCUCAUCUGGCAGCUGCCGACGCACUACAAAGUCGGUCGAUUGAUCGGGUACUACCUGUGCAACGUUUUCGUCGCCGGCUUCAUCGUGGUAUUCUCGCUUGUCGGAAGCAACGUUGCAGGAUCCACAAAGAAGUCUACCGUCCUCGCGGCGUUUUUCGUUGCAUACGCCUGUGGCAAUCUGAUCGGACCGCAGACCUUUAGGUCGAAAGACGCGCCUCGGUACGCCCCCGCCCUCGCGACGUCGGUCGCCUUGAUUUGCUUCUGCAUCGUCGACCUCGCCCUCAUCUGGUUCAUCACGGCGCGGAGGAACCGUAAGCGCGACGAGAUCAUGUCGUCGCCGGACUAUGUGGCUCGCGAGAACGUCGAAUUCCUGGACGAGACGGACCUCGAGAACGUCGCGUUUCGCUAUGUUUCCUGA